GCUCAUGUCAGCGGAUUAGCACCGCGCUAGCACCAGGAUUAGCAUCAGUGUCUGUUCCGCACAGUUCAACAUGAAUCCGCUGACGAAGGUGAAGCUGAUCAACGAGCUCAACGAGCGCGAGGCUGACCUCGGGGUCAAGGAUUCCGUUUCCUGGCACAGCGUGUACAAAGACAGUGCCUGGGUCUUUGUUGGUGGAUUUCCAUACGAGCUGACAGAAGGCGACAUCAUCUGCGUCUUCUCUCAGUACGGCGAGAUUGUGAACAUCAACCUGGUGCGAGACAAGAAGACGGGAAAGUCCAAGGGUUUCUGCUUCAUCUGCUACGAGGACCAGAGGAGCACAGUCCUCGCUGUGGACAACUUCAACGGCAUCAAGAUCAAAGGUCGGACCAUCCGCGUGGACCACGUCAAAGACUAUCGUCCUCCGAAAGACUAUGAGGACAUUGACGACGUGACCAAGCGCCUGAGGGAGGAGGGCUGUGCACCGAAAGCUUCCAAGUCUCCGUCGUCUCCCUCAGAGGACGAUGAGCAGCCCAACGUUCCAGUGAAGAAGCUGAAGAAAGAAAAAAAAGAAAAGAAAAAAAGGAAGAAAGACAAGAAGAAGAAAGAGAAGGAGUGGGGGAGACGAGCGUCUUCCUCCUCCUCUGCAUCACCUCCUCCUCCUCCUCCUCCUCCUCCUCCCCCCGUCAGAGUCAAAGAGGAAAAAGAGGACAGCGCCUAUGACAAGUACAAACAGAGGGGGGCGCCACUGGGAGGACAACAGAACGGACAGAGAGUAGCAGAGGAGAGGCGAGAGGAGGAUAGGAGGAGACGUCACGAACGAGAGGGAGACAGACAAAGAGAGACCGAGAGAGACAAAGACAGACGAGGAGAGGAGGACAGGAGGAGAGACGACGAGAGGAGAAAAGAGACAGAGCGGGACAGAGAGGACAGGAGGAGAGACGGAGACAACAGACGAAGAGACAGGCAGCGAUAGAAGAUGCAGGCAUAGUUUCUAGUUUCAUAGAGUUUUUUGUUUUUUUCCAUAUUAAACUUUUUCCUUUUCUGAA